AUGGCUCCAUCAAAGAAAGCUGACCCCCUCCGCGCCCUGAACUACGACUGCAGCAACCUCGUCCUGGACGACUUAUCUAUCCACGACCUAGCCAACAUCCAAUCCGUCGAUACCGAAUGGAAGGCCCGGGUGCAGGAAUUCGCAGGCAAGCGGGGGCUGCAGAAGUUUUUCCCAGACGCCUGGAAGGAGCUGGCUAAUGCUGCGAAUGGUGAUAGUGUUGAUGCUCAAGAGGGAUACAAGCUUUUCGAGAAAUACGCCGCCGACCAUGUCACCGACGAAUGGUUUAUGUCAGGGAAAGUCAUGGAUGUGGAUGACUAUACCGACUGCGACAUGGAGGAGAAGCCUACGGUCGCCGGUGAGUACAUCGCGUGGAAGGCCAAGUGCACCGUGCGCGGCGAGGAACAAGAUGGCAUUCGCUGGACCCGGGUCUGGGAUAAGGUCGGUGGCGCCAGGGGGCCUAUAAUGGAUCUGAAAAUCUCAUCUGAUGUUGCGAGCAGUGUCUUCCACCUGAGCAUGCACGAGGCCGGGUUUCUUCUCCUGCUCUCGCAGGGGCCUGCCGAUAGUGGACCGUAUAGGGAACACAUUUUCGACCUGUCUAGCGGCGUGGGCAACGAGCUCUGGUCCAGGACUUUCGUCGACUCGGAUGACCCAUUGGGCACGAUGGAUGACUUUCAUCGGUCCGUCGUGUACCCCAUGGCCAUGGGCUGGGAGAGGGUCUAUCACUACUCCCCAAGCCUGAAUGACAUCGAGGCGUAUGAUCUGCGGACUGGCAGGUUAUUAUACUCCGUGCCGUCCUUUUCUGAAGGCCGGCAGCCCCUGGCCGGUAGGGUAAGAGUUUGGCGCCUCGGGGGCCGCGAGGUCCUGGUUGGAUUCGGGCGAGACUGGUUGAGUCCGGGACCGAAAAUGAGUAUUCACUUCAUUGAUGCUCAGACCGGACGCUGCCUUCAGACCCUCAAGUUUGAUCAUCCAGAACCUACCCUCCCGUACUGCGUCUACAUCAAACCGUCAUACCAGCGCGGCGAGUUGCAGUUCGCCGUCAUCGGCUAUGGAACACUAACGGAACUCACGGCCCUGAUCUUCAGGUAUGACCGUGCAACCAGCAUGUUCGUGCUAAAGGAUUCCCACAGGCUCAAUCUGCGUUCGAGGGCUUACCCGGGGCCUCCGCGUUCACUCGACUAUGACCCGUUCCGAGGCUUUCUCAUCGAAGAUUGCGGCGACAGUGCGGCUGUUGUUCCCGUGCAGCGUGGCCCGGGAGGCGAGGCUUUAAUUGAACCCCAGCCUACUAGGUCAACUGUCUGGCGGGACAAAUCGUUACCAAAGUCGUUCGGUGGUAUGCGCCGGCCACUGGGACCCAACGAGGCCACCAUAGCAAAGACCCGGCUAUACUUGUACCUCACCCGUCCGGGCUCUCCACCCGAGGUGCACCUUGCCGUCAUGCAUUUUGGAGAGCCGGACAGCGCGCCUGUUCCGCUUGCCGACUGUCUGCACUGUCCGGAUGAAGCAUCCUAG